ACUGCAUCUAUGGUACAAGCCCUGGUACUGUUCAAACGUUUACAUCCGGGGCAUAGGGAGAAAGAAAUAGAGAUUUCCGUGGCGAAAGCAUUACGUUUUCUUGAAGAGAGACAACGGCCAGAAGGUUCUUGGUAUGGCUAUUGGGGAAUUUGCUUUGUCUAUGGCACAUUUUUCGUGCUAGGAGGUUUGGCUUCUGCUGGCAAGACAUAUAACAACAGCCCAGCAGUCCGCAAAGCUGUUCAAUUUUUGCUUUCGGUACAAAAUGAAGAGGGUGGUUGGGGAGAGGAUUUGGAGUCAUGCCCAAGUAUGAAAUACACGCCUUUGGAAGGAAACAGGACGAACUUAGUACAAACAGCAUGGGGUAUGCUAGGUCUUAUCUAUGGUGGACAGAAUAAAUGA